AUGAUGCAACUGCUCGUUCCUGCUGUCCUCUGCCUGCUGGGCUCCUGCUGUCUCUGGGGCACAGAGGCACGGGGAUAUGAGUCCGUCCUCACAGUGCCCAAUGGAGGCCCCUGGGGCUCCUGGGGACACAAACAGUUUUGCCCCAGCGGCUACGCUAAGGGAUUUGAACUGAAGGUGCAGCCCUACCAGGGAUUAUGGCUGUUUGGCGACGACACAGCUCUGAACGGCAUCCGCCUGCUCUGCAUGGAUGGCACGGUCAUCGAGUCCUCCGUGGGGCAGUGGGGAAACUGGACCGAGGCCCAGUUCUGCUCCAGCAGCAGGCUGGUUUCCUUCUCGCUGCGUGUGGAAAAGAGGUGGCGCCUGCAUGACGACACGGCAGCCAACAACGUGAGGUUCACCUGCUCAGACGGGACGCAGCUGGAGGGCAGGGGACUUUCAUGGGGUCGCUUUGGCCCAUGGAGCAGCAGCUGCACCUCUGGGGCCAUCUGUGGACUCCAGACAAAGGUGGAGGAACCCCAGGGAAAGGGGGACGACACAGCUCUCAACGACAUGAGAGCCUUCUGCUGUGAAUGA